CUGCCGCCCGCUCACGACCAGCGUCCAAAAAUCCCUAAUGCCUCACUUCAAUAAACAAAAUCGGAAGUCACAAAUCGGCUCAGUGGAAUCCGACAAAACCACCCGAGCUCCGACCUCUUCCAACGCGCAAACCAAGAAGAAUCCAGCCCUAUCCCUUUUUAGAUUCGAAACCCUAAUCGCCUCUUCCCUCCUCUCCUAAACCUGCAUGGAAUCCAAUUCCGGUGAUCACGCCGAAAAUGGUCGGCGCGAUGAUGGUCCCUCCCUCAAGAAACCGAAGCCUUCUUUACUCCCCAUAACCGCCGCGGAAAUACGCUCGGAGUUCGCCCACCAUGACCCAGCCGUCGCCCGCAUCAACAACGGCAGCUUCGGCUGCUGUCCCUCCUCCGUCUUUGCCGCCCAAUAUGAGUGGCAGCUCCUCUUCAUCCGCCAGCCAGACCACUUCUACAUCAAUCUUCUUCAGCCCUCUAUCCUCCGAUCCCGCCUCCUCGUUAAGGACCUCAUCAACGCCGAUGACGUUGACGAGGUUUCGCUCGUCGAUAAUGCCACCACUGCGGCGGCCAUCGUUCUCCAGCAAAUUUCUUGGGCGUUCUUCCAGGGAUCGUUCUCGAAGGGAGACGCGGUUGUCAUGCUUCACUAUGCCUACGGCUCGGUCAAGAAGUCCAUCCAUGCGUACGUUUCUCGCGCCGGCGGACAUGUUAUCGAGGUUCCACUCCCUUUCCCUGUCUCCUCUGAUGACGAGAUCAUUGAUGAAUUCCGUAAGGCCCUCGCUUUCGGCAAGUCCAAUGGCCGCAGAGUCCGCCUUGCUGUUAUUGACCACAUAACUUCCAUGCCUAGCGUCGUCAUCCCAGUCAAGGAGCUUACUAGGAUUUGCCGUGAAGAAGGCGUUGACCAGGUGUUCAUCGAUGCUGCCCAUGCCAUUGGCAACGUUGAAAUUGACGUCAAGGAUAUUGGGGCUGACUUUUACACCAGUAACCUGCAUAAAUGGUUCUUCUGCCCUCCAGCGGUGGCGUUUUUGUAUUCUAGAAAGUGCACGGCUUCAGCUGAUCUACACCAUCCGGUUGUUUCUGACCGUUACGGAAGAGGCCUUCCUCUUGAGAGUGGUUGGAUUGGCACACGGGAUUACAGUGCUCAGCUGGUUGUGUCAUCAGCGGUCGAGUUUGUAAAUAGAUUCGAAGGAGGGAUUGAUGGAAUUCGGAAAAGUAAUCAUGAAAAGGUUGUCGAGAUGGGAAAUAUGUUGGCGGAAGCAUGGGGGACUUAUACUGGUUCACCGCCAGAGAUGUGUUGUAGUAUGAUCAUGGUUGGGAUGCCUGGAUGUUUAGGGGUUGCAAGUAGUGAUGAUGCUUUGAAGCUUCGGACUCACUUGAGGGAUAAUUUCCAAGUUGAGGUUCCCAUUUAUUAUAAUCCUCCAAAGGCUUUUGAGGAGCAGGCAAAUGAUUCAGUCAGCCUGGUUACAGGGUUCGCUAGGAUUUCUCACCAGGUUUAUAAUACAGUGGAAGACUAUUACAGGUUCAGAGAUGCAAUUAACAAGCUUGUCCAUGAUGGUUUUACUUGUAGGAUGCUUUCGUCUUGAGAAAUUAGAGUUACUUGAAGCUGGAAGAAACUGCUGCUCUCAGGUUCAUGAUUUGGCUUGUGAUUUGGAGUUCUUCGAGUGACUGGAAAUGAUGUAAGGGCUAAUUUCUUGUUGUCGCAUAUGUUGGUGUAGCUUGUCGCUCGCUCUUGUGACAAAUACGCUUGGUUUGUUUCAUUUCAUUCUAACACCUGUAGUUGCUUAGAAAUGUUCUAGUAUUAACAUUUCAGUUUUGAAGAAAUGCUUGGAAUAAAUAGGCCCCCUAUAUCCUGCAAAAUGUAUGAUGCUUUCAAGUCAUUAUUUGCUUGCU